GGCCGGGCGGAGCGCUGCUCGGCCCGCUGCCAUGGCCGCGGCGGCGCUGACGGCGGCGCUGCUGGGCGGGGGUCUGCUCCUCGCCGCCUGGCGCUGGCUGCGGGCCGCGGCACGAGCCGGAGCCGGAGCCGGGACCUCCAUGCGGGGCAAGACGGUGAUCAUCACCGGGGCCAACAGCGGGCUGGGCCGGGCGGCGGCCACCGAGCUGUUGCGGAUGCAGGCCCGCGUCAUCAUGGGGUGCCGCGACCGGGCGCGGGCCGAGCGGGCGGCCCGCGAGAUCCGAGCCGAGCUGGGCGAGCGGGAGGCGGCCGAGGGCGGCGGCGAGCUGGUGGUCCGCGAGCUGGACCUGGCCUCGCUGCGCUCCGUGCGCGCCUUCUGCCACCGCGUCCUCCAGGAAGAGCCAAGGCUGGAUGUUCUGAUAAAUAAUGCAGGGAUAUUCCAGUGUCCAUACCUGAAGACAGAGGAUGGCUUUGAGAUGCAGUUUGGUGUAAACCACUUGGGUCACUUCUUGCUCACCAACCUUCUUCUGGGCCUCCUCAAAAAUUCUGCUCCUAGCAGGAUUGUGGUAGUAUCCUCAAAGCUUUACAAGUACGGAGAAAUCAACUUUGAAGACUUGAACAGUGAAAUAAGUUACAAUAAAAGCUUUUGUUACAGCCGGAGUAAACUGGCUAAUAUAUUAUUUGCAAGGGAGCUAGCCCGUCGUUUGGAAGGGACAGGAGUCACUGUCAAUUCACUUCAUCCGGGUAUUGUCAGAACAAAUUUAGGCAGAUAUGUGAAUAUUCCGUUACUGGCAAAACCCCUAUUCAAUUUGGUGUCAUGGGCUUUCUUCAAAACACCUCUGGAAGGAGCCCAGACUUCUAUUUAUUUGGCCUCUUCUCCUGAUGUUGAAGGUGUGUCUGGGAAAUAUUUUGGGGACUGCAAAGAGGAGGAACUUCUGCCCAAAGCCAUGGAUGACUUGGUUGCAAGAAAAUUGUGGGAUAUAAGUGAAGUGAUGGUUGGAUUAUUGAAAUAAGUGCCAGGGAUUAUCUGCUAAGAAGAAUGCAGAUAACUAUGCAAUACAUAUUUGGAACUGUAAUUCUCACCUUAAAUGCUGUGAGAACACAGAUCAGUGCUUAUAAAUGUUUGAUAGAGGAGUGAUUUAUGCUGGAAUUCUGUUUUAAAAUAAUCUUUAUUUAAUAGGCACAAGCAUUCAAGAAGAACCUGAAAUAGAGUUUGAGGGUGUGAAUGUAAUUUCGGACUAAAUCUGUUCAGAAAGUCAUGUUCUAAAAUAAAAAUUAAACAAAACUGUGUUUUGCAGUAUAUAUUUCCUAUUUGUCAUGUUCUGCUACUUUUUAGUCACACUGGACAAUAUAGGGUGUUGAUGGUGAAAUGCUUUUCCUGUGAAAUGGUUUUAAAAAUAGAACCAAAUACUAAGAUCUUUGUCUUUUUGAGCCAUCAUGGUGAAAACUGGAGCACAGUUUUACUGGUAUCUUAUACUGUAAUCAUAGGGCCUCAUGAGUGCUAUUCAAAGACACUGAAUGCUUCCGUGAGCAAAACUGUUGAGCUGUAUACAGUUUAGCUAUGAAGUACAAAGUUAACUUUUUGAGUUUUAUGUAACUUGCUGUUUCUAGAUAUGCAGACUCCUUGGAUUUCAUUGAAAACAUAGUUGACAUGUCUCGUCUCAGUAGGACUUUGCAUGAGUUGUGUCCGUGCAAAGUUUACAAGACUUCAGCCAGAUUAGACUGAAGAGAAAUGCUUCUUAGUACGUUUGGAUUGAUUGCACUUUUAACUCAGUGAGAUUAGGUAAGACCGACUGAUACAGCUUAAUGAAUAUUCUUUAAUAAAAAUCUUAAAAAGA